AUGACAGGUAACACCACCACUAUCCUAUAUGGUUGUACCAUAUUCUCCUCGGUAGCCAUCUUGGCUUCUCUUCUAUUCACCACCUUCAUGUACAAUGAUUUGUAUGAUUUUCAUAGUGAGGUCGAAGUUGAGCUUUAUGGAUUCAAGGACAUCUACAACGACGCGUGGUUCCUGAUGACCGCCUCGUCCUCCAACAAAUUCUCCUCGUCCCCCGACGUCAACCGUAUCUUUAAACGACAAUCCGACGCUUGCAACUGCGGUCAAAAAGCCGCGAAUUGCCCGCGCGGACCACCAGGACCGCCAGGACACCCUGGAGACGACGGCACCGACGGUCAAGCCGGUCCAGACGGUCGAGACGGUCACACGCCGUCAGACGAGUACGGUAGCAGCUCCACGGAUACUGUAUCGUGUCCAGCUGGACCGCCCGGGGAGCCUGGACCGGACGGGCGGCCUGGAGAGCCUGGAAGAGAUGGAAAUCCAGGAAUGGAUGGGCAGGCGGGUAACGAGGGACCGACUGGACCACGUGGACCACUUGGAAAUAAGGGACGUGAUGGGACACCGGGAAGAGAUGGGAAUCCUGGGAGACCUGGACGGGAUGGACAACGUGGAGUCGGUCAACCUGGGAACCCGGGACCUAUCGGGUCCAGGGGACCCGAGGGACCACGUGGAGCACCUGGAAAUAAUGGAAGACCUGGAGAUCAUGGAGAUUCGGGACCGGCUGGACAACCAGGAAUGGAUGGGGAGCAGGGACCUGAUGGAGUCGUGGGAAUCCCCGGAGAGCCAGGUCUCCCAGGUGGUGACGCCGCCUACUGUCAAUGUCCCGACCGUACGCCGACCGCGACCGAAACGCCCGCCGGCGGCUACAAAGUUGUCCGAAGACGUCUUAUGGUCAAACAUGCAAACUGA